CCAAUCCAAAGGACACAGUCAUGUCCAAUCAAUAAUAUGUACUCGUAUUAUUAGUCAGUACAGAAUAGGUUCUGCGUGUAUUCAUGCAAGUGUAAGAAAAAAAAGUAAAAGAAAAAAAAAUAAUGAUAGAAUAUAUUCUUUAGAACGGAUUAAAAAAAAAUUUAAGAUUUCCGUUAUAUUAGUUUGGUGGUGUUGUUUUUUUUUUAUUAUAAUCGAUUCGUCUACAUUUUUAUUUUUUGAAAAUGGAAGGCGAUUCACCUAAGAAUAAGGAAUCGUCGGUACCGUUUUUGCGGCAGUGCUUCUUAACGGCCAGCGUUUGUAUCAACAUAAUGGGUCACGGUUGCGUCAUUGGUUUUUCUGCUAUUUUAAUACCUAGUCUAAGGAAACCAGACUCGUACAUUCAUGCCACACCAUCACAGGAGUCUUGGAUAGCCUCCGUGAUUGGCUUCGCCCUCAUAUUUGGCAACAUCAUUAUAACUGGAAUAACGGGAAUAAUUGGAAGAAAGAAAUCACAUUUGCUGAGCACAUUUCCUCUACUUGCGGGCUGGUUUCUCAUAGUUCUUGUCAGCAGCGUGAAUGGCCUGAUCCUUGCUAGGCUUCUUCAGGGUAUUUCUAUGGGCAUCCUGGGGCCACUAGGCUCUAUUAUUAUAGCAGAAAUGACAGACCCCAAAAACCGUGGCGGUUUCUUAACAUGUGUGUCCCUGUCUUUAUCAGUAGGGGUCCUUUUCUGCCAUGUCUUAGGCACCUUUUAUACUUGGCAGCAGUGCGCUGUGAUGUGUUCGUUUAUUACAUUCAUUGGCUUGGUUAUGAUUAUUUAUACUCCUGAAUCACCACCUUGGCUAAUAUCAAAAGGCCGUUACACGGAAGCCACCGAGGUAUUCUACUGGAUGCGCGGUCGAGGAGACCAGCAGGAGUACGAGCUAGAAAAUAUGAUAAUCGCUCAAAAAAUGGCAAGGAAAGCCAGUUAUGCUGAGGAGAACUUGCCUCUUAAGACGAAAGUUAAAUAUUACUUCGUUUAUCUGAGAAGGUGUUUUAGAAAGCCUGAGUUUUACAAGCCCAUAUUUAUAAUGAUGGUCAUGUACUCGAUGUUCCAAUUGGCCGGUCUAAAUGUGAUUAGUUCUUACGCCAUGGACAUUAUAAAGGAAGUGGUGGGUCCCGAUGCCAACGUUAAGCUCCUAAUGAUAGCGCUAGAUAUAGAAAGAUUGGCUUGCAAUGUGAUAGCAGUGUUUGUUAUGAGGACUUUCAACAGACGAACCGUAUUGUUUACAAGCGGCAGUAUAUGUGUCUUAUCAUACAUCAGCAAAGGGACUUACGUUUAUGCGAAACAACAUAACCUUCUGCCAUUCGAGAAUCAAUGGCUUCCAAUCACGUUGAUAGCUGUCUACAUGUUCUCUAUAACUAUUGGUCUUUCCUCAGUGCCAUUUGCGAUAUCGGGGGAAAUAUUCCCCUUGGAGUAUCGUGGUGUGGCUGGAGGAUUAAGUGUUAUAUCCUUAUCGCUAAAUUUCUUCGUGGCGGUCAAAUGUUUUCCACUUCUUACAAAUGCUCUAGGUCUACCAUUGACGUAUUACUUUUACGGUGCUAUGGUGUUUAUUUGUUUGCUAUAUCUUUACUUCACAUUACCGGAAACGAAGGAUAGGACGUUACAAGAGAUAGAAGAUAGUUUACGGGGCAUUGGGCCUAGCGACCAUAAAUACACAGAGCCACUAAACAAAGAUGGGAGAAAUGGAAUGCGCAGAUGUAGUUCCCAUAUAAUUUAUUAAUUAAAUCGAAUCUAAUGUUGGAAUAAAAUAAUAUUUAAGUAGUCUUUGAAAUGUAAAUGAUAUUAUCAAUGUUUGUGUAAAGUCUAGACAAAGACCCACGGAUAGAGGUUAGAACGUUUAAAAAUAACAAAUGUCUGUCGUUUUACAAGAGUCAAGACAUAAAAGGUAACAAAAUUUGUUAUCUGCUUAGUGUUAAUUAUUUUAAGGUUUAUAGACAAAAUAGAGAUAUUUAAAAAUAAAUCAGUAUACUAAGAGAUCCUUAAAGAGAAUAUAAAAAUGCACUGUCAAACAAGUGUUAUUUGUAACUAAUAGUUCAACUAGCUACUUGCUUGCAAGGAACGUAGUCAAAUUAAGAAAAAAAUAAAGCUUUCAUACAAAUUCGACAUUCACGUGCUCGGUUAAGUAUAAAAGAUUUUUACGAAUAAAUAUACCCGUAAAUUGGAUAUUAAUAUUUGUGAAAAAGGUUCAAAAAUACUUUUUUAUAAUUAGACUACACGCCAUUUAGCCUGGAUUUUGUCUUACUGCUAAUGUUAUAUUAAAUUGAGAUAAAAAAAUAAAAUAUUUAAAAUCU